CCUGACGCCUACCCGCUAGGCGUUUUCAGGGCAACUUACUCCCACAGUAAAAUGCCCGAAAAGUAAUUUUCAGUUCUGUUGCUCGAUUCGUUUGAAAAAUAAUUACCCGAGAGAUAGAUUAUCCGAAAAAGUUAGCGCUUGCUUGUGCCUAGCUAAGGAAACGAAUGUGAAACUUGUUAGCUGCCAUUAGUUUCUACCUCGGUAUCCCAGGAGGCCGAAGUUUAUGAAUCCAUUGUCAGGAGACAGUAACAGUCGUCUUUAGUUACAUAAAGCUACUUUUACAGUCUGACCCCAUGGCGCGUAACGUAACGUCGGAGGAUCGAGAUGAAAUAAUAUUACACAGAAGUGAAGUCCUUUUGAAAGAUUUCAUACAGGACCAAUUAAAUGAAGAGGCCGUUGGGAGUGAAGUGGUGCUGAUUGAUGAACCCCUGACACAAGAGGAAGAGGAAUCAAGAAUUAUGAAGGAAAUCUCACUCCUAGUCAGAAGAACUGCAGAAACACUUCAGCGGGACACAGAACUCAACCAUGCAAUAAACAGCAAGUGGCCAUUAACCAACAAGGAUAACUACUGGAAGUUGGUGAAUAAAGUAUUUGAAGAUGGUGUUAUUUCCUGGGAGAGAAUUGUUGUGCUGUUCUAUAUCGCAGGAAAAAUUGCUGUGAAGUGUGUGAGCGCCCACAUCCCCCAGUCUGUAUCGGAUAUAAUUUCCUGGACUUUGGAUUUCUUCAGGAGGAACCUUGUGGAUUGGAUCCGAGAACAAGGAGGAUGGGAGAGCAUCUUCUCCUGUUUGAGCACCCCGACUUCCCAGCUGAUUGCUGUCUUCCUCAGUGGAAUUCUUCUAGGGGCCUUCAUCGUGUGGAAAAUGACCAAAAGAAAUUAACUCAGCAAGACUGGAGGACAGCCCUACUGCAGUGAGAUGUACAGACAGUCAUGUAACCAGUCACAUAUACCGUGGACAUUGAAGCAGACAGUCCAAACAGAGGGAAUUCCCUACUGCACUAUGUGUACCAAAAGCACAUUGGGAAGGAGGGGAAGCCCUUGGGUACUGUAGCAUGCACUUUGAGACUAAGACAAUUACACAUUGACUGCCAAAAUUCAUUGUCUACCAGAAUAUAUCUACCAUAACACUGGUAUGUGCACCAGAAAUAUCCCCCAAGUUGUUUUUUAUGUUAAGAUGUUAGCUACUUGUCAUUCAUUUCCAUACAGUCAACAUAACUAUGCAAUUUAGAUUUUUUGUGCAAA